AUGUUGUCUCGCUCCCUUCUUCGUCGAGCUGCUCGGGCGCACUUGUCCCCGCCAGCGCCCCGUUCUCCUCGCCGGCAUGCGUCCUCCGCGGCAGCCUUUCGAUGGGAAGACCCUCUCAACUUGUCGAACUUUCUGACCGAGGAAGAACAAGCAAUUCAAGAAACGGCGCAUUCUUACUGCCAGGAGCGGUUGCUGCCCAGAGUUCUGGAAGCUUACCGCAAGGAAGACUACGACAAAACCAUCUUGCAGGAAAUGGGCGAGUUGGGUCUACUGGGUGCUACAAUAAAAGGCUACGGGUGUGCUGGCGUGAGCAACGUUGCUGCCGGACUGAUAACUCGAGAAGUGGAAAGGGUUGACUCCGGGUACCGAUCAGGCAUGUCUGUCCAAAGCUCUCUGGUGAUGGGACCCAUAGAUGAGUUUGGGACGCAAGAGCAGAAGGAUAAAUAUUUGGAGAAGCUGGCCAGAGGGCAGCUGGUUGGCUGUUUUGGCCUAACCGAGCCCAACCACGGCUCUGAUCCAGGCUCAAUGGAGACGACUGCGAAGCCGCACCCGUCGAAGGAAGGAUACUUCUCGCUGUCGGGAUCAAAAACUUGGAUCACCAAUUCCCCCAUUGCGGACGUGCUGCUCGUGUGGGCGAAGCUGCAAGAAACGGGGAAGAUUCGUGGAUUUUUGAUCGAGAGAGAGCAAUGUCCACCGGGCACCCUCGAGACGCCACCCUUGAAGGACAAGAACGGACUUCGAGCGUCGAUAACCGGCAUGAUCCAGCUCGACGAAUGUCCCGUGCCUAAGGAGAACAUGUUCCCCGACGUUGAGGGUCUCAAAGGUCCGUUCGCCUGCCUCAACUCGGCGCGGUAUGGGAUCGCCUGGGGGACCAUGGGCGCCCUCGAAGAUUGCAUCAGUCGCGCCAGAGAAUAUGCCCUCGAGAGAAAGCAGUUCAAGAACAACCCGCUUGCCAAGUAUCAGCUCGUUCAAAAGAAGCUGUCCGAUGCCGUUACAGACGCCGCCUUUGGACUUGCCGCGGCGUAUCAAGUCGGUCGUCUGAAGGAUGAGGGAAAGGUCACUCCAGAAAUGAUUUCAAUGAUCAAGAGACAAAACUGUGAUCGAGCGUUGGUGAAUGCCAGGCAUCUUCAGGAGAUCUUCGGAGGGAACGCUGUCAGCGAUGAAUACCAUAUCGGUCGGCACGUUGCAAAUCUAUUCGUGACGCAGACAUAUGAGGGACAGAGUGAUAUACACGCCUUGAUCCUGGGCCGGGCCAUUACCGGACUGCAGGCGUUUUGCUAA